UUACUGUGGACUUGGCGUUAGGGUUUUAAAACUGGAAGGAGCACAGAGACUGGGGUUCAAGGAUCUUCCCUCCCGAGCUCUGCAAUAAUGGCGUUUUGGGGAAUUAAACUGAAACCGGGAAAACCGUAUGCGCUCGAACUCGAAGACGAUCGAGGAAGGCUACAUGUUUCGCAGGCAACACUAGGUGCUGGUUCAUCUGAAAAAAAGACCACAGUUCAAUGUGUGGUUGGAGACAAGGCGCCUAUUUCAUUGUGCUCUUUGUUUCCCGGAAGACUUGAGACGUGCCCUUUGAAUAUUGAGUUUGAGGAGGAAGAGGAGGUUACCUUGUCAGUUAAAGGCGGUCACCAUGUUUACCUAUCUGGUUUCUUUUUGGGUGAGUGUAAAGAUUUUGAAGAAGAUGGAUAUAGUUCUGAAGAGGAUGACUUUGAAGAUAUUGGUUCAGAUGUUUCUGUUUAUGAUUCUGAGGAGGAUGACUUUGAUGAUUGUGAUCUUGACUUGUACCCAUCUUCACCGGUCCGAAACAGCGGUGUAAAAAUUGAGGAAAUUGUCGAGGAUAAAAAUAUGUCUGUUGAGAAUGACAUCUCUAACCCACCCAAAAAGAAGAAAAAUGGUCUUUCUGGAGGCCCAAAAAACUCAGAACAGCAGAUAGUUGUCAAGAACAAUAAUAAUGCCCCUAUUCAUGAAAGUGAAGAUGAAGAUGGAUUUCCAAUAUCUACUUCACCUAAGGGGACCACUGAUGCAGAAACAGACAAUACAACAGCUGAAAAAGUCCAGAGUGUAAAAAGAAAAAUUGAUGCUGCUGGUGAAACCUCAAAAUUUGAGAGCGCUAAACAAACAAAAAAGAAUAAGAAGGAAAAUGUUCCAGUCAGAGAGGAAACUGGUUUAGAAAGCAUGACGCCUUCUAAUAAUGCUGAUGUUAAUUCUAAGGAGCAAAGUCCAUCGGCUGAAAUGAAAAACAAUGACAAGACAACUAAUGAAAGUGAGAUGGAUAAAAAGAAGAAUAAAAAGAAGAAGAAGAAACAGGAUACUGGAGCACUUAUUGAUGGACAGCAGAGUGGCGGGAAAGAAAUUCACUCUUCUGUUGUGGAAGAGGAGAAGCCCACACCACUGAGGACCUAUCCUAAUGGAUUGAUCAUAGAAGAGUUAUCAAUGGGUAAACCGGAUGGGAAAAGAGCUAUAUCUGGAAAGAAGGUUAAGGUCCAUUACAUUGGCAAGCUGCAGAAGAAUGGGAAAAUUUUUGACUCAAAUGUUGGCAAAGCACCCUUUCAAUUCCGUUUAGGGAUUGGUCAAGUUAUAAAGGGAUGGGAUGUUGGUGUAUUAGGCAUGCGUGUUGGAGAUAAAAGAAGACUCACAAUCCCUCCGGCUAUGGGUUAUGGGCAAAAAGGCGCUGGUCCAUCGAUACCGCCAAACUCAUGGCUGGUUUUUGAAGUUGAGUUAGUUGACGUAAAUUGAUGGUCAACACAUCAUUCUGAUUUUGGAAGAUCAAUCUCUUUUCUUACCAAACCAAUUUUGCUGUGGUGAUACAGAGACUCUAUCUCUACUCCGUGAUAUAUUUCAAUUGUAAUAUGAAAUCUUAAGAGUUUUGUGUCAGUUUAGAACCCUUUAUAUUCUUCUUAGUGGCAUUAUUAUUGGCGUUUCAUUUUAAUUACCAAACCCUUUGUUGAUUUUGAUUGGUUUAAAGACAUCACAGUUUAAAUUACCAAACCAUCUGUUGAUUUGUUUUGGCUUUGUUCAUUGGUCCAAAACUGGUUUCCAUCUAAGACUUAAAUCCCAAAAAAGUUUAGGCCUUAGU